CGGGAAGAGCCCUCAGGCACCAAAAGCAGCAGGCGCGGCCCUUGGUCAGUCAGGACAGGUGGAAAAAGCCCUUGGCAGGGCUUCUUCCCUAUCCAGAGAAGUUGGACUGACCUGCACCAGCCUCAAUGGAGGAGCAUGGUCUGUGUCCCACUGAAACACCAGCUGGGAACAAGGCCAGCUUCAGGGAAUCAAGUCUGUCUGGUCAGGAAAGUCAUGUCCCCAGUUCUGAGGUUCUUGAAGCAAUAGAAAAUGUUAUCCAAGGUAUAUUUCAAACCCUGGCUCAAAAUAAAGCACCUGUUCUCACAGUGGCUAACAGAACAGACUGGAGGAACAUUGAAUUUAAAGAUUCUGUAGGUCUACAGAUGAUACCAGGUUCUACAACAAAACAAAUAAGAAGUGACUGCCCUCAAUCUGCAAGAAGAUUUGCUCUGAUGCUCAAGAUAUUAUCAAUGAUCUAUAAGAUGGUGCAGAGCAACACUUAUGCAACUAAAAGAGAUAUAUAUUAUUCAGAUACUCUACUGUUUGGGAGCCAAAGUGUUGUGGACCAAAUAAUCAAUGACAUUUCUUGCAUGCUUAAGAUACCUCGGAGAAGUCUACAUGUACUGUCUACAACUAAAGGUUUUGUUGCUGGUAAUUUAAGUUACACUGAGGAAGAUGGUACAAAAGUGAAUUGUACCUGCAGUGCAACAGCAGUCACGGUGCCAUCUAAUGUUCAAGGAAUUAAAAAUUUAACCUCACAUGCCAAAUUUAUAUUAAUUGUAGAAAAAGAUGCAACUUUCCAGAGACUCCUGGAUGAUGACUUCUUCAAUAAAGUGUGUCCAUGUAUCAUGAUCACGGGAAGAGGCAUACCAGAUCUUAAUACACGACUUUUGGUCAGGAAGCUGUGGGAUUGUUUUCAAAUUCCUAUUUUCACCCUUAUGGAUGCAGAUCCACAUGGUAUAGAAAUAAUGUGCGUCUACAAAUAUGGAUCUGUGUCAAUGUCCUUUGAGGCCCAUCAUCUCACUGUUCCCUCUGUCAAGUGGCUUGGUCUCCUUCCAUCUGAUCUCGAGAGAUUAAACAUAUGCAAAGAUGCCUUGAUUCCAUUUACAAAGCAAGAUGAAAAUAAGUUAGCAAGUAUUCAAAAGAGACCUUACAUUGCUUGUCAGCCACUGUGGAAAAAAGAGCUGGAAAUUAUGGCAGCAUCUAAACUGAAGGCUGAAAUUCAAGUUUUAACUUCUCUCUCAUCAGAUUACCUGUCCAGAGUCUAUUUACCAAACAAACUGCAGUUUGGUGGAUGGCUAUGAAUGCUGCUCUGCAAAUGAAAUGUUUUUCUAUAUAUUGAUUUAAUUUGACUGCACUUAAGAAAAAAAAGUGCAGAGGCAAAGGAGUA